ACGAGCAAGCACGCGCGAACUCGAACUCGCAGAGGGCCCAUGUGAUGACAGCGCGUCCUUGCUUGCCGCGUCGGCUGUCAUGUAGCAAACAGCGUGCUAUCAACGAUGUACACGUGAUCAAUAUCAUCCAAUGAGAGAACUUGUUUGAGCGACAGUUACGAAAGUGUUGUGCCGUCGCGAAUGAUUUGAAAAGAAACAGAAAACUUCCAUGUGUCCUGCGCUGACUGUCGGCAGCAGCAUGUUCACAUCUGAACGGUUCGAAAACGUUUUUGUGUUUGUGUUGGUGUGGUGCGCUUUGACGGAUACAAAAGAACUACAUGGUUCAGUCUUCGACGUAGAUCACUACAAGCACAAACACAGAGUUUACGAAGAACCCAGAAUGCGGUCCCACCACCGAGAGAAGGCACACCUGAGUCUCUUUGCUUCCGGCGACCGCUUUCCGACGGUUGGAUCAGACCCCCCUCGGAAGAACCUCUCGUCCUCAUCGAAUUUCGAAAUCUUGCCGGAGUUUUCUGAACCUGUUCCCAACGUUACUGCAAUAAUCGGAAGAUCAGUGAAGCUUCCAUGUGUAGUCAACAACCUCGGCCAGUAUAGGGUUGCCUGGUUGCGAGUGGAAAGCAAGACGAUCCUGACAAUUCACGAAAGCGUCAUCACACGCAACUACCGAGUUCAACUGACGCAGUCGGACGGCAGGCAUUGGGAGCUGGUCAUCAAAAAUGCCCAGGAAUCAGAUCGGGGAGGAUACAUGUGCCAGAUCAACACCGUGCCCAUGCUCAGCCAAAUAGGGUACCUGGACGUCCUUGUUCCACCAGACAUUGUGGGAUCCCAGAGCAGCUCCGACGUUCUUGUUCGAGAAGGGUCCAACGUGACACUGGUCUGUCGAGCGAAGGGCUAUCCCGCACCGCAGAUCACGUGGCGGAGAGAAGAUGGCCAACCACUCUCCGUUGGAAACUGGCAGGCUGCACAGUCCACUAUUGACAAUGUCUCGUACGGAGGAGAAGAGCUUAGCAUUGCCAAAGUGAGUCGGCUACACAUGGGUCCGUACCUCUGUAUUGCCUCUAAUGGAGUCCCAUCACCCGUGAGCAGACGCAUCCUUCUCCAAGUACAUUUUCCACCAAUGAUCUGGAUCCCCAACCAGCUGAUCGGAGCUCCUAUUGGCGGCGUUGUCACCAUGGACUGCAACACGGAAGCGUUUCCAAUGUCCAUCAACUACUGGACGCGCGAGGACGGUGACCUCAUCUCGGACUCAGCAAAGUAUUCUCUGAACCGCACCGAAAACCUCUACAAAGUACACAUGAGCCUCCGGAUUCGUGACGUGGGUCCCGAAGACUUCGGUGCCUAUCGAUGCUUUGCAAAGAAUUCGCUCGGUUCCACAGAAGGAGCUAUUCGGCUUUACGAAAUUCACGUCCCACCUCCAGUGAAAGUAAAGGAACCUUCUACUGCGAGGAUACAAAGUGUAGAAGCAGACGGAAAACUGGAAGUAGCUGGGAGCGAUGGCUCGACCAAGACGCAGAAUUUUCCUCGUCGUCCCAUGGAGCUCGAUCCGGAGGACAAUGAAGAAACAUCAGACUCGAGUACGAUAGACCCGCACAGACGAUGGUGGUUUCUUAUUCUACAAGGCGCGACUCUACUGAUCUGUUCCGGCACAUGAGUUCGGGAACAGAAGACACGUACGUCUGGCAACAGUGCUUGAAGCAGUGGGAGUCGUGCCACCCUUCCUAUCCUUUCUCCGUUCGUGUCAUUUCUUUUCCUUAUUUCUUGUCCCGUCGGUUUCGUAUUCCAGAAGCUACCUUCUCUAAUUGCUCCUUUUGCUCACUGCCAAAAUUCGCGCUCUCCAUAAGCGACUGUUUCUGUUCGCUUGCCCUUCGUACGGCGCUUUGAGUAACGUAACUAUAGGAAUGAAGAACUUAAUUUGCAGUAGUUGCUGAGAUGAUUCAGAUUCCUGAGCACCACACAUAGUUAAGGAAGCCUGACGGCGUAGGAGGAAAGGUUCGUUUUGGAAUACGGGGCUACCAUCCUUUCCCCUUCCCUUGACACCAUACGGCGGCGAAAUGCACAUCGUCGCUGAAGUACCGAAGGAUGACGUAGCCGUCGCUGCAGGAUGCCCCCAUUGGAUUACGCUGAAAAUAGCGAAGCGUGAAGAGACGCUACGCAACCAUGCGUGCUCGUGUCAGGUGGCUGCGAACAGUGUUACCUUUUGAUCUUCCGUCUGUUGAAGCCGAACCUAUAAGUAGUGUUCUUCCUCGGAGGCGGCCUAAAGCGUGUGCCAGGACCCAGGACUCACCUACAAUAUUAGAAGAGAGAAGAAGAAGUAACAAUUGUUAGUUGACCGUGUUACGGAUGAUCUGGGAGGCAAUCAGCUUCUACACGGAGCUGAGUGGGGCCUCUCAGCCGCACUGUAAUUAAAGAGCAUGUGCAAGAUUUUA